AUGUUCUCAAAGCUCCGUGGGUUCACCUAUAAUGCUGACCCGAGCAAAGUGUCUGACAGCAGGUGCCAGUACACAAUCCAAGACCUCUUCCAGAAAGCGAAGAGGCCUGAACGAAUAUUCGUCGGCGUCUGCUUCCAGGUAGCGCCCUCCGAUGACGAUAGCUUCCUACUCGAUCUGGGUGCAUGGUCCUCCCGUAUUCGGACUUACUUCCUGCAUCACACGGAAGCUCGAGGGCCCUGCUAUGCGCGGACGCUAAUACAGCAGGAGCUUUUCCGAAACGAGGACUUCUACUUUCAGAUUGACAGCCACAUGCGCUUUGUGCAGGACUGGGAUGUGGCUUGCCUGGAGCAACUGGCAAACUGCGAUUCCAAAAAACCCAUCCUCACGACUUAUGGCGGCAGCUACACACUGCCGAAGGACUAUAUGCCUGGGGCACCUGACUGCGCGGAGAUAGCAGCCAGCAGAGCUGUGCCCAUUCUUUGUGCGGACACUUUUGGCGAUGCCAACAAAGAUGACCCGUUCCUGCGGAUCAAGACACGGCAAAGCCGCACGGACUUUCGUGACAUCCCUCCGCCGGCACUGUUCUGGACGGCUCGAUUUGCGUUCUCUCGCGGAGACGUCGUCCGUGACACACCUUAUGAUCCCAACCUCGAAUAUCUGUUCUUCGGCGAGGAAAUUGCCAUGUCUGCACGACUUUGGACAGGAGGUUGGGAUUUCUUUCAUCCGGCAAGCGAGAUUGCCUACCACUUGGGUAGUCGGGCGCACCGCUACUGGUUCCGAGAAGUGCAGACCACGGCAGAACAGAUCCAGCAAGAAACUCGUGCAAAAUACCGUGUCUGCGGCUUGCUUGGCACCCGCUGGCCCGACAGACUGCAUGCGCCACCAGAGGCGCCAUUUGGCUUGGGGACGAAGCGGACGCUGGCGGAGUAUCAAGGAUUCGCGGGCGUGGAUUUUGCAGCUCUACGCGUGCUGGAGCGUGGUCAUUUGGGAGGCCAAGGCCAGGACACCUUCGCGCCCCUUUGGGCCGAUGCUGAUCGAGACAAGAUAAUGCUGACCAACCAGAUGAAGGAUGUGCAGUCCUGGGCUGGCAAGGGAAGCAAAGAGGUGAGCAAAGCCGAGGUGGUGGUCCCACAGGUCUCGACGCAGGCGUCAGAGCAGGCCAAAGACAUUGCAAGACUGCGCAUCCAUUCCCUACGGGCGCAAGGGGAGGGAGGAGUUGUGGAUGUGGAGUUGGCCAAGGCCUUCGCGGAGCUGGGCCAAUUGGAGGAAGGCUCUGGCAAUAGUGGCGCAGCGGCAGCUGCGUUGGAGCAGGGUCUCAGGCAUCUCGCUCGGGCCCGGGAGGAGCCACCCGAUGAGAAGCAAGAAAUCUUUGAAGCCUCGCUGGCCUCUGCCGAAGCCUCGCUCAGGAUCAGCCUUCGCGAAUUCGCGACUGCCAAAGCGCUGCUAAAAGGCGCGCUUAAAAGUUCAGUGGCCGCCCUCGAUAACCAUGGCUUGGAGGCGCUCCAUGUGGCUCACAGCAUUGUCGAUGCCAUCCACACCUCGCACGAGAGGACUGAUGACCGCAAGGGCCUCCAAAGCUACCACCACAACUUCGAGGCACUGCUGCAGGUCCUCUGGAAACUUGUGGGCUCAGAGCCAGCGGAAGUGCCGAAGUUGACUGCGGCCUCUCCACCACCAGAGGAUGGUUCUGAGUCCGAUGUAGCUCGACUGCUUCAUCGCUUGGUCCUUGUGUGCGUCGCUACGGGACGAGAAAAGGACAUGGCCUUAGUGAAGACGGUCUUCCAAAGAUUCCGCGUUGCACGGGAGAGCCCGGCACUGCUUCGGCUGUUGGCAAUGCUCCAGAGCGCGGGCAAGGGUGGCAUGGCCAUGCAGAUGGAUCCCUACGGCAGAGGGGGCGGCGGCGGCGACUAUGGCAAGGGCAGCUAUGGCAAGCAGGAGCCUCCGCAGGCUCCCAAGGAGGCCAAAGGACUGCUCAGAACUUUGCUCUCCAAUGAGGCUAUCCCUGGUGGAAAGUGGAACAACGACGACAACACACUUUUCGUGGGAGGCCUUCCAGAGGAUAUGACAAAUCUAGAAAUGUAUCAGAUAUUCGCACCCUUCGGGCCGAUCGCCCCAAGGGGUGCUACAGCUCUCCUCGACAAGGAGUCCGGCAAGUGCACGGGCAUUGGCUUCGUGAACUUCAUGGAGAAAGACUCCGCCGAGAAAGCAAUCCGCAUUCUAAACGGCUAUGCCUUCCUGGAUGGCAGCUGGUUGACUGUCAAGAAGAAGGGCCCUCCAAAAAGCAAGGGCGAAGGCAAAAGCGAGGAGAAGGGGUCCGGAAAGAAAGGCGACAAGGGCAAGGGAAGGUCAUAG